AUGUGGCUUCUUCGACAGCUCCGCGUUAUCGAGAAAAGGCAGGAUCUCCGAGUGGCAAGAUACUCUCAAAUUGAGAGUGCCUCUCUGCAUAACCCCCUUCCGCUCCAGCUACACGCUUACUGGUGGCCGUUCCUCAUCGCAUGGCCGAUUUUCUUUUCGGUUUACUUAUCCCCCGAGCUAUAUGAUACCUACAUCCAGGGACAAGAAUGGACUUGGGUGUAUUCGGGAUCUAUAAUCACGCUACAAUCAUUGUUCUGGUUAAUGACUAAAUGGAGUGUCAAUUUGAAUACCCUGUUUACGGCAACGCGGGCGAAAUCCGUCGAGACCGCCCAAUUGAUCAAAGUUAUUCCAGUCACCAACGCUGGCGCCCCAGAAAUCUGCAAGCUGCUUCGUGAUAAUACGCGUGGAAAAGAAACAACAUCCUUCUUGUUCCAGAAACGACGGUUCCUCUACUAUCCUGAGGAGAAGAAAUUUGCGCCUUUGACUUAUACCCUCGAUGAAGAACCGAAGCCCGCUAUCAAGACGUUUCAGAAGUCUCGCGGAUUGCAGAGUAAGGCUGAAAUCGAGCGUAUCCAACAUCACUAUGGCGACAACACGUUUGAUAUCCCGGUGCCUACAUUUGUUGAGUUGUUUCAGGAACAUGCUGUUGCUCCAUUCUUCGUUUUCCAGGUGUUCUGCGUUGGACUUUGGAUGUUGGACGAGUACUGGUACUACUCUCUUUUCACCCUUUUCAUGCUGGUCACUUUUGAGAGCACUGUCGUCUGGCAGCGUCAGAGGACUUUGAACGAAUUCCGUGGCAUGAGCAUCAAGCCAUACGAUAUCUGGGUCUUCAGAGAGAACAAAUGGCAAGAGAUCACGAGUGAUAAACUACUUCCUGGGGAUCUUGUGUCGGUGAACCGGACAAAGGAAGACGGCGGAGUUGCUUGCGAUAUCUUGCUCAUCGAAGGCAGUGCAAUUGUAAAUGAGGCGAUGUUAUCUGGAGAAAGUACUCCUUUACUCAAAGACUCCAUUCAACUUCGACCCGGUGACGAUCUUAUUGAGCCUGACGGACUGGACAAGAACUCAUUCGUCCACGGUGGAACGAAGGUGCUACAAGUUACUCACCCGAAUCUUGGUGAUCUCUCUGAGAAAGCUGCUAAUGCCACUUCUGGUGUGCCUACGCCACCCGACAAUGGCGCGCUGGGUGUCGUCGUCAAGACCGGUUUCGAAACCAGUCAAGGAAGUCUCGUUCGUACAAUGAUCUACUCUACAGAACGUGUCUCUGCCAAUAACGCCGAAGCGCUUCUGUUCAUUCUGUUCCUUCUUAUUUUUGCUAUUGCUGCCGCUUGGUAUGUGUGGCAGGAAGGUGUGCAAAAGGACCGAAAGCGGUCCAAACUUAUGCUCGAUUGUGUCUUGAUCAUUACAAGUGUCGUCCCACCAGAACUUCCCAUGGAACUGAGUCUGGCCGUGAAUACCAGUUUGGCGGCUUUGAGUAAAUUCGCCAUUUUCUGCACAGAACCCUUCCGUAUCCCGUUCGCUGGACGUGUUGAUAUCGCAUGCUUUGACAAGACCGGAACCCUUACUGGAGAAGAUCUUCUUGUCGACGGUAUUGCGGGUUUGACGUUGGGUCAGCCCGGAGCCAAGGUUGACAAGGACGGCGCCCACACUGAAUUGGUUAAGGUUAAUGAGGUCGGAAAUGAGACCACACUCGUACUCGCUACUGCACAUGCGCUCGUUAAGCUUGAAGAAGGUGAAAUCGUCGGUGAUCCUAUGGAAAAGGCUACCUUGUCGUCCUUGGGCUGGGUUUUGGGUAAAGAUGAUGUUCUGUCCAACAAGACUUCGACCGGCUCUCAAGGAGCAGAAUCCGUCCAGAUCAAGAGGCGCUUUCAAUUCUCAUCUGCUCUCAAGCGCCAAAGUUCCAUCGCCCACGUUACGACUACCGACAAGUCUUCUGGCAGAAAACACAAGGCUACUUUCGUUGGUGUAAAGGGCGCUCCUGAGACCAUCCGUACUAUGCUUGUACACACUCCUCCUGAGUACGAAGAGACUUUCAAGUACUUUACCAGAAACGGGGCUCGUGUUCUGGCUCUGGCCUACAAGUAUUUGUCCAAGGAUGCGGAUUUUGGCCAAGGUCGUAUUAAUAACUACUCGCGCGAGGAUAUUGAGUCUGAUCUUCAUUUUGCUGGUUUCCUUGUUCUUCAAUGCCCAUUGAAAGAGGAUGCCAUCAAAGCCGUUCGUAUGCUCAAUGAAAGUAGCCAUCGUGUGGUCAUGAUUACCGGUGACAACCCUCUUACUGCUGUUCAUGUCGCCCGCCAGGUAGAAAUCGUUGACCGGGAGGUAUUAAUCCUCGAUGCACCUGAAGAUGACAACUCGGGAAGUCGACUUGUAUGGCGCAGCAUCGACGACAAGGUCAAUAUUGAAGUUGAUCCGUCGCACCCUCUUGAUCGAGAGAUUCUACAGACCAAGGAUCUUUGCGUAACCGGAUAUGCAUUGAGUAAAUUCAAGGAUACCCCUGCUUUCUCUGAUCUUUUGCGCCAUACUUGGGUAUAUGCCCGUGUUUCGCCUAAGCAGAAGGAAGAUAUUCUUUUGGGUAUGAAAGCUGCUGGAUACACUACGCUCAUGUGUGGCGAUGGUACCAACGACGUCGGAGCACUCAAACAAGCUCAUGUUGGUGUUGCACUGUUGAACGGAAGUCCAGAGGAUCUCACGAAGAUUGCAGAACAUGCGCGCAACACCAAGAUGAAAGAGCUGUACGAGAAGCAGGUCCAGAUGAUGGCACGAUUCAACCAGCCUCCGCCUCCAAUUCCCGUUCACAUUGCUCAUUUGUAUCCUCCCGGUCCCAACAAUCCACACUACCAAAAGGCUAUUGAACGCGAAGCGCAGAAGAAGGGUCAGCCCGUACCAGCACCUGGAGCUGUUGCGGCUCCAUUCACUCCUGCACAGCAAGCACUCACACCUCAGCAACUACGUCAAACACAAGCUCAAGCUACUGCGGCCGGACUUGCGGACAAGCUGACGUCUUCGAUGCUGGAAGCAGAACUGGAUGACGAACCACCUACCUUGAAGCUCGGAGAUGCAUCAGUCGCCGCUCCGUUUACUAGCAAACUUGCAAAUGUCAUGGCAAUUCCCAACAUUCUUCGUCAAGGUCGUUGCACUCUUGUUGCGACAAUUCAAAUGUACAAGAUCCUUGCUCUGAACUGUUUGAUUAGCGCAUACAGUCUGAGUGUCAUCUAUCUGGACGGAAUCAAGUUUGGAGAUGGUCAAGUUACUAUUAGUGGAAUGCUGAUGAGUGUCUGCUUCUUGUCGAUUUCUCGCGCCAAGUCUGUUGAAGGCCUUUCCAAAGAACGACCUCAGCCAAACAUCUUUAACGUGUACAUCAUUGGUUCCGUUCUUGGACAGUUUGCCAUUCACAUUGCUACAUUGAUAUAUCUAUCCAACUAUGUUGCAAAGAUUGAACCACUAACCGGCGAAGUUGACCUCGAAGGAGAAUUUGAGCCUUCUCUACUCAACAGUGCGGUCUAUCUCCUCCAACUCAUCCAGCAAAUCUCCACCUUCUCAAUCAACUACCAAGGCCGUCCCUUCCGUGAAUCCAUCCGCGAAAACAAGGCCAUGUACUGGGGUCUCGUAGGCGCAUCAGGCGUCGCCUUCUCCUGCGCCACCGAGUUCAUCCCUGAGAUCAACGAAAAAUUGCGCCUGGUACCAUUCAGUGACGAAUUUAAAUUCACGCUCUGUGUGCUUAUGAUCCUUGAUUACGGUGGCUGCUGGUUGGUGGAGAAUGUGCUCAAACAGUUGUUUAGCGAUUUCCGGCCCAAGGAUAUCGCUAUUCGGCGCCCGGAUCAGUUGGAGCGUGAACAGGCGAGGAAAUUGGAAGAGCAGGCUGAGGCGCAAGCUGAGGCGGAGAAGAAUCGCAAAGUUUGA